GCCGGGAUCUCGCGAGAGCUCCCGGGGGCCGCUGGGCAGCGUCUUCGCUGUUGCCCUUAGGGACGGUUGUGGGCUUGCUGGGGGUGGGGCCCGGAGCGCCAGAGAUGGCUGCUCAGCGGGGGCUGCCCAGCUCCGCCGGGAGGGUCCUGGAAGAGGCGUUGGGCAUGGGUUUGACGGCAGCCAGGGACGCGAGGGACACGGCGGACGCGGUGGCGGCUGAGGGCGCCUACUACCUGGAGCCUUAUCUAUAUCCAGUGCCCUUGCUACUGAAUGAUUAAAACUUGACAAGAUAUUCAGAGGUCACCAUAACUGAAGCAUCUGAAGAUGACUAUGAAUAUGAAGAGAUAAAAGCAGUUGCCCACAAACUAAUCUUGAAUUUAUUAGAAGUGACAUUUAUUGACAUUUACAAGGAAGUCAGAAGAAAGCAGUUAUUCAUUUUUUCAUGGAUCUUCAGAAUGACGUGAUACCAGAUGACAAUUUUAGCAUCCCAGAAGGUGAAGAAGAUCUGGCAAAAGCAAUUCAGAUGGCCCAAGAACAGGCUACAGAUACUGAAAUUUUGGAACGGAAAACAGUUCUUCCUUCAAAGCAUGCAGUACCUGAAGUAAUAGAAGACUUUCUCUGCAAUUUCUUGAUCAAAAUGGGAAUGACCAGAACUCUUGAUUGCUUUCAGUCUGAAUGGUAUGAGUUAAUACAGAAAGGAGUGACUGAACUUAGAACUAUUGGGAAUGUUCCAGAUGUCUACACCCAGAUUAUGCUUUUGGAAAAUGAGAACAAAAAUUUAAAGAAAGAUUUGAAGCACUACAAACAAGCAGCUGACAAAGCUAGAGAAGAUCUGCUGAAAAUUCAGAAAGAACGUGAUUUUCAUCGAAUGCAUCACAAGCGAAUAGUCCAGGAAAAAAACAAAUUAAUUAAUGACCUCAAAGGGUUGAAGUUACAUUAUGCGUCUUAUGAACCGACUAUAAGGGUGUUACAUGAGAAACACCACACUUUACUGAAGGAGAAAAUGCUGACCUCCUUGGAAAGAGACAAAGUUGUUGGGCAGAUUUCUGGACUUCAAGAAAUAUUGAAGAAGCCGCAAAUACAACAUAGUUACCAUGCUCCUCAAAUUAAAGUUGAUCGUAGUCGUGAAAAAGAAAAUGCACCAGAAGGUCCUACUCAGAAAGGUCUUCGUGAAGCCAGGGAACAAAACAAAUGUAAAACAAAGAUGAAAGGCAGUACAAAGGAUUCAGAAUUUCCCAUAGAUAUGCAACCAAAUCCAAACCUGAAUGUUUCUAAAGAAAAUCUUUCUCCAGCAAAAUUUGACUACAAGCUGAAAAACAUUUUUAGACUCCAUGAACUUCCAGUGAGCUGUGUCUCCAUGCACCCCCAGAAAGACAUCCUAGUCUCCUGUGGCGAGGACCGACUCUGGAAGGUGUUGGGCCUUCCAAAAUGCAAUGUGCUUCUCACGGGAUUUGGCCACACUGACUGGCUUUCAGACUGCUGCUUCCAUCCCAGUGGCAACAAAUUGGCUACUUCAAGUGGUGACACUACAGUUAAAUUAUGGGAUCUAUGUAAAGGCGAUUGCAUUUUGACCUUUGAAGGACACAGCCACGCAGUAUGGUCCUGCACAUGGCACUCGUGCGGCAAUUUCGUGGCUUCCUCCUCACUGGAUAAAACUAGCAAAAUCUGGGAUGUUAAUAGUGAAAGAUGCAGAUGUACUUUGUAUGGACAUACAGAUUCUGUGAACAGCAUUGAGUUUUUUCCUUUCUCCAAUAUUCUUCUCACAAGUUCUGCAGACAAGACCCUGUCUAUAUGGGAUGCAAGAACAGGUAUAUGUGAGCAGUCACUUUAUGGUCACAUGCAUUCUAUCAAUGAUGCCAUUUUUGAUCCCAGGGGUCACAUGAUAGCAUCCUGUGAUGCCUGUGGGGUUACAAAGCUAUGGGACUUUCGGAAGCUGUUACCAAUUGUGUCCAUCGAUAUAGGUCCAAGUCCUGGCAAUGAGGUGAAUUUUGAUUCAUCAGGUCAAGUUUUAGCUCAGGCAAGUGGCAAUGGUGUUAUCCAUUUGCUAGAUCUUAAAUCUGGGGAGAUUCACAAAUUGAUGGGCCACGAAAACGAAGCACACACGGUUGUGUUUUCUCACGACGGGGAGACUCUGUUUUCUGGAGGCUCUGACGGCACAGUUCGAACGUGGUCUUGACCCUCAGCACAUCCCGCUGCAGAGGGCAUUCCCUUUAAGGCUUGAAAAUGCCUCCUGUAGUCCCAAACCAGUAAAUAACUGGUUAAAUGUGCCAGCAGGUAACAUUUACAGUCUGCUUUAAAACAUGCUUUGGACAUAUAUUUUAGUGCUCAUACUGUUACUAAUAAAAAAAUAACUUUAUGCUCA